UUUUCUACCUCUCUCUAUCUCUCUCUCCUCUUUCAGCCUUUCUUCCCUUUCCAAAGCUCCUAAAAUAAUCCCCUUCUCUCUCUCUCUCUCUCUCUUUGUCUCUCUCUUCCUCUGUAAAGCUCGAGGUUGAAUAUCAUAGAGCGAAGUUUUGGGAGAAGGAAAAGCAGAAAGCUAAGAAUCGCCAUCUCUCCAUCUCUCUCUUCUCUUUCUUUUCGCCUAAAAAGAAGGGAUUUUGAUAUUAUCUUGGGCCCUGCCACUCACUUCUCUGUUUCUUCUCCUACUGUGCUCACAAAGCUGCUUCUACAGCAGCACCUUACUGUUUCCUCUUUAGAGAGAAAUCUUCUGGUCUCAUUCACCGCUCUUGUUUCUUUCACGUUUUUUCUUUUGUUUCUUCGUCCUUCCACUCUUUCAUGAAAGCUAUUUGACGAUUGUUUUUGUUAACAAUGGCUGAGAAAUCUGGACGCAGAGCUCCAUUUGAUAGAGGAGUUGAGCAGGCUAUUGUUGCUCUGAAAAAGGGUGCCCAUCUUCUGAGAUGUGGAAGAAGAGGAAAGCCCAAGUUCUGCCCUUUCAGACUCUCUACUGAUGAGAAGUCUCUGAUUUGGUAUUCUGGUGAAAAGGAAAAAUGCUUGAAGCUAAGUUCUGUGUCAAAGAUCAAUUUUGGACAGAAAACUGCUAAUUUUCGUAGGCACCUGCAACCAGAAAAAGAGUCUCAAUCCUUCUCACUUCUUUACCAAAAUGGAGAAAGAUCGCUAGAUUUGAUUUGCAAAGAUAAGGAGCAGGCUGAGUGCUGGCUAUUAGGCUUGACAGCAUUGUUGCCCAUUUAUAAUCAUCCUAGACCUCUGGCUUUCCUGCCAACCGGGCGAUCGGCACACAGUUGCCUGAACAGUCCAGUUAGCCAUUUAUCAGCAAAGUAUACUUUAAAAGUCGUUCAUGAUUCCUCUGGAAUCCCACAGGUCUGCAGUGUAUAUGGAAGCCCGCCAAGGAAACUAUUAGAGAGAUAUGUUUCAGAUAACUUCUUAGAUACAUCUGAUUUAUUUUAUUCAUUAAGGAAGAGGACCUUAUCAGAUGUGCAGGACUUGAUGGAUGAAAAGCUUCCUUUUUUAACUCAUAAAAGUACAAAAGAUAGUUAUCAAAUGAAGGAACAUAUAAUGAGUUCUAGUACUAAAACAAGUCCACCUGAUAAGGGUGAUUGUUUAAAGGAUGUUUUCAUGUGGGGUGAAGGAGUUGGAGUGUUUUUUGGUGAAAAGUCAAAUGCUUUUGAGACCAAUGGCAUCAAGGUUGAUGUUUUGCUGCCCAAAUUGUUGGAAUCCACACGAGUUUUCGAUUUGCAGAGCAUUUCUUGUGGAGAAAAGCAUGUUGGAUUUGUCACCAAAGAAGGAGAGGUCUUUUGUUGGGGCGAAGGAAAUGGCGGAAAAUUAGGACAUAAGGUCAAUUUGGAUGUGACACAUCCCAAAAUUGUUGAAUCAUUAAGCGGCAUUUUUGUACAAACAAUAGCUUGCGGUUCUAAGCAAACUUGUGCGGUUACGCGGUCUGGUGAACUAUAUGUAUGGGGUAAUAGUUGUGUUUGUGAAGGGGGUAAUAGAAGCCAUUGGAUACCUUAUCGACUAUCGAAUUGUCUCAUUGGUAUUAAGAUACUGAAAGUUGCAUGUGGAGAGUGGCAUACCGCCAUUGUUUCAAGUUUUGGCCAGUUAUUCACAUAUGGAGAAGGAACAUUUGGAGCACUUGGUCAUGGAAAUCAACAUAGCUCCUCUCAGCCAAAAGAAGUCGAAUUUCUUAAAAAUUUGCGAGUCAAAUCAGUUGCUUGUGGACCAUGGCACACCGCCGCCAUUGUUGAGGUCAUGGUUAGCCGAUUCAAGAGCAAUACAUCGAGUGGAAAGCUGUUUACUUGGGGAGAUAGUGAUAAAGGGAGACUUGGUCAUGCUGAUAAAGAAAGAAAACUUGUUCCAACUUGUAUUGCUUCACUUGUGGACUGUGACUUUGUUCAAGUUUCUUGUGGUAGAACACUAACAGUUGCAUUAACCGUCACCGGCUUAGUAAUUACCAUGGGAAGUGCCAUGAACGGGCAGUUGGGCAAUCCUCGAGCUGAAGAUACAACAAUCGCGACAGUUGAAGGAUUUCUUAAGAAUGAGUUUGUUAAGGAUCUUUCAUCUGGUUCAUCUCAUGUGGCCGUUUUGACAACAAAAGGAAAUGUUUACACUUGGGGUAAGGGGGACAAUGGAAGGCUUGGAUUAGGUGAUACUAAAGAUAGAGACUCCCCAGCUUUAGUAGAAGCAUUGCAAGAUAGAAACGUUCAAAAUGUAGUGUGUGGAUUCAAUUUCACUGCUGCGGUUUGUUUGCACAAAUCUCUCUCAAGCAAAGAUCAGCUAUUGUGCACUGGCUGUCGAAUGGCUUUUGGUUUUACUCGAAAGAAGCACAAUUGCUAUCAUUGUGGAUCAGUAUUCUGCCAUUCAUGCAGUAGUAAGAAAGCUUUGAAUGCUUCUUUGGCGCCAAAUAAAACUCGGAGAUUUCGUGUUUGUGAUCUGUGUUAUACUCGACUUGAAAAGCUUGCAUCUUCCAGAAUGAUCAAUGAAGCAGCCAGUCCAAGGCAGUUUUCGAUGAUAGGGAAGGGACUUUCUGAUUUGAGAUUAAACAGAGAGGAGUCACUAUCUUUUCUUCCAAAAAUAUUCACUCCAAAAUCAACUGUUCAUGACGAAUCAAUGUUUCUUGAUGGAAAGAGUAUAUCAACGCAAAGUGCUGACCAGCAAAAUAAAGAUCAAUUCUUGUCUGGUGGAGCUCAAAGAUGGGGGCAAGUGCCGUGCCCGCCUCGAUUCAAGAAGGGCGUGAGAAACGAGUUUGUGAUGUUUAAAUCGAAAUCCAAAGAACAAGUUUCAAAUUAUGCAAAUAUUAAUACUCGAAAUCGUUCAAAAUCUAUGCUUCCUAAAGCUACCAGCUUAAAACAAGAUUUGACAGUAAUAGACAAGUUUCUUGCAGAAGAAUUGCAACAGCUGCAAGAGAAGGCUAUAUCACUAACACAACAAUGCCAAAGUAAAAGUUUGAAACUUCAGCAGUAUAAACGCAGAAUUGAAGAAACCUGUUUGGUAGCAAGUGAAGAAGCUGCAAAAUGCAAAGCCGCGAAGAAUCUUAUCAAAGUUCUACGAACACAGGUGAAUGUGCUAUCGGAGAAAAUUAUUAUAGCAGAAGGGCCAGAGAAAGAAACAAGAUCCGUAGUUGAUGAUAAAUUGACGGGGACUCUCAGUAGUAAAAACUCCAAUCCAGAAGUUAAAAAGGUGACGAGUGAAAGCACUCAAGUUCCAAACAAUGGGAUAAGUACAGAUUACAAUGCACAUUCAGCAGUGUCAGAAGCAAGAAAAUGUUCUUCAAAUUCUUCAAAAGAUGAAUGGGUGGAACAUUAUGGGCAGGGAGUCUACAUUUCAUUUGCCAUUUUACCAAAUGGACAGAAAGGUCUAAAACGUGUAAGAUUCAGUCGAAAGAGAUUCAACGAGAAGGAAGCAGAGAAGUGGUGGGAAGAGAACCGUUGCAGAAUAUUUGAAAAAUACGGCAUUGAGCCAAUUGAUACCACAUUCACAAGAAAGAUGACAAGCGACGCAUCUAUCAAAUGUGAUGAAAAUCUUUCAUCCUCUAAAGCAUAGAACAUAGAGAAGAGAAUAUUGCUGGUAAGUUUGUGAAGAUCAAUUUUGAAAUUACAGCUAAGGAAAAUUAUGAUUAGUGAGAAGAAAUGAAUGGAGCUGGAUCAGGCGGCUUUGGUGAAAGCUUGAGGUGAGGUUGUUGAUCAUUACAGUUUUCUGUUUUGACCAUAGUUCUAUUCAUCUCUAGAAAGUUUGAUAAGGAUGAGCUCUGGCUUUUCUUCUUCUUCUUCUUCUUCUUUUUUGUGUAUAUAUUGCUUCAAGGCCAUUUACCAGAGCUUUAAUGUUGCAAGUGGCCUGACCUGUCUGCAACUGUACAGUAUAUAGAUUUAUAAAGCUUCCAUUAAAACA